UUCGGUGAAGCAGGAAGCGGAAGUAAGCAGUUAGCGAUCCAUGCGGACAGGAGGAAAGAAGCGGUGGUUGGUCUUCAAACAUUGUUGGCUGUGUUUGUAGAGUGUCCGAUAGUGUGAUGAAGUUUUGACCAGACAAAAGGGGGCCAGUGACUUUCUGCAGACAGAUGACGUACCCGACUCCUCUGUUCGGCCAUGUUGGCCGCGGCCCCUUUGCAGAUGUGUAUGAGCCUGCAGAGGACUCCUUCCUACUGCUGGAUGCAUUGGAGAAGGAUGCCGAACGUCUGCAACGCCUUCGACCAACAUUUUGUUUAGAGGUUGGAUGUGGCUCAGGAGUUGUGUCUGCCUUCCUGGCCUCUGUGACUGGCCCAGAAACGCUAUAUCUCUGUACUGAUGUGAAUCCAGCUGCUGCUCAGUGUGCUGCUGAGACAUCUGCGUGUAAUGGCGUCAGGCUGCAGCCAGUCAUCACAGACCUGGUGGAGUCAUUUUUGCCGAGGCUCAGUGGUGCAGUGGACGUCCUGGUCUUCAACCCUCCAUAUGUGGUCACUCCUCCAGAAGAGGUAGGCGGGAGUGGCAUAGAGGCGUCAUGGGCAGGGGGAGAGCGGGGCCGAGUGGUGAUGGACAGGUUUUUCCCCAUGGUAACACAGCUGCUGUCCAAUCAGGGCCUCUUCUACCUGGUUACCAUAGCAGAGAAUGACCCAGAGGAAAUACUGUGUGUAAUGGCUGACUUUGGCCUCCAGGGGGAGGUUUCCCUGGCUCGGCGUGCAGGCAAUGAACGGCUAUCCAUCCUGCGAUUCUGUCGGCCCCAGCCAGAGCUACUCAAAUCUGCAUCUGUUAGCUGAAGAGGAGCCGGUGUCUGCCUGCACUUAUGAUGGCUAAAGGACUUAAUCCGAGACGGGAUGUCUAAGAGAGUGCCUAGCAAUAAGCACCUCUCCAAGUCUGUGUUUGUAUGUCAGAAUGGCCUUUGGCAGUUCAGUGGACACUGCGAUAUUUUGGAGAUGGACCAGUUGGUUGGCAGAUGUGACUGAGAAUGUGUUGGGCAUGCAAAGGCAGGAUCCCUCUGUGUUAAUUACACUGAUAGGGCAAUCAGCACUGAAAUGCUGUGCUCCGAAAGCACAGGGAAUGGAAAUGGCGCCCUCUAUGGGCUCCCUUUCUGCCUGCACUCAACUUGUGUUUGUGUGUAGAACUGGCACAGUACUGCCUUUGAUUAUGAUGAGAGUGCGAUUUAUUGGGGAGGAUUGCCCCCCCCCCGUUCUGUUUUUUGUAAUGUUCCACAUGAUUUUAUUCUCACUUAAACUCAACUAUUGAGAUUGCUUAAAAAUCGGAGCAGUUUGACAAAUCGCACCUUGUUGUGAUCAUGGAGUCAUUAUGUGAAACAUACUUGAACUGAGUUUCCAUUACAACUAUCCUAGAAGCACUUGUUGAAUCCUGUCUGCAAAACAUUAAAUGAACCCUUUGUAACUAAAUACAAUACAAACAGUAUUUUAUAAAUACCCAAUCAUUCUUCAUCCUGAUCCUGGCACAAGGACACUUGUUGUUUUCUGUGAUCUUUCUCUUUAAGAAUGGUACCAAAUUAGGCAGUGGUACAAUCAAGGUCAUCAACACUGGUGCAGAUAUACCCUGUUCUGUAUUAGCCAGCAUCAUUCAC